GUCCUACUUCUUCUUUCCCCCCCGAGAAACGUCUCGCUUCGCCUUCAGGCAGAGCGCAAACGACGAGGUCAUAGCAACUCACGAAGAACGCCGAUUCGAGGCCAUGACUGAAGGGUAGCGCCACAAGAAGCGACAAACUGUUGGAUAUGAAGCUGCUCCACCCGGUAUUUUGUUACGGUCUGCUGGUUCUGUGGGCCUAUCAGAGCGGGGCCACCAAUCCGGAGGUCUGCCAGGAGGACAAAUCAUUCGGUGAUCUCCAACUGCUGAGCUCCUCGGGGCCACAGUAUGAGCUGCUGGAUAUUGACAAGAAAAAGAACUUCAACUGCUCCCUUCACCCGACUAAUGUACUCAACUGCUCCUGGUCCUUCCUCACCGUGCAGCCGGGUACUCGGAUACAAGUUUACAUCAGUGUUUGUAAUGACACCAGCACAGUUCGUCCCUGCGAGCUCGUGUCCGACGAGCCUUUCGGAGGGACGUCGAUGGCUCUGGGGGAGUAUGUGAUGCUGGAGGUGGUCUUGCAUUUCAACGUGUCCCAAGGACACACCUGGGCGGUCUACAGCUACAUGUACGACAUUGACAUGAUGGAGGUCUUGCUGCCGCCCGGAAACAUCUCUGCUUCAGUCGACGAUCACGGCCUGGUGGUGAGCUGGGAGUUGCCCUACAGUCGCGCUACGCCCGACCCCUCCUGUUUUGAAUACGAGCUGGAUGUGGGCGACAAGGAGAGUCCAAAAGUCCUGAGCGGCCAGCUGUCCUACGCUAUCCCGAAUGUGGAUCCUUCUGCCGCUUAUGCGGUGAGAGUCAGGGCCAGGAAAGACGAGUAUUGUUCAGGAAUGGCGCAAUGGAGCCGCUGGAGUAACACAGUCACGAUAGAGCAGUCAUUCGACACGGUCAACGUUACGGUGAUUGUGCUCAUCGCACUUGGGAUACCCAUGAUCCUCCUGGCUUUGCUGAUGGUUUUCCGUCAUCAGAGGCUGGCGGAGGUUCUGUACCCCCCGAUUCCUCGCCCUCCAUUGAAGUACAAACAUUUCCUGGAAGACAACAACAUAAUCAACGUAAGGUUCUAUCAUCCGGCUCUGUCGGUGAAGUGCGAGGAGGAGAUCACAGUCGUGGAGGAAACCGAGCAGAAGACAUUUUAAUACAUCAGUCGUACAAUCAUGUUAAAAUGUGCUGGAAGCUUCUGGGCAAAAGUUGUAAAGAACAUAAUGUCAUGGCUGUCUUGAGUUUCCAAUCAUUUCUGCAACUCUUAUUUUUUUGUGAUAGAGUGAUUGGAGCACAUACUUGUUGGUCACAAUAAAAACAUUCAUGAA